CGCCCGAAUGUCUGCAACCGUGCGGCCUACUGCAAAUUAGUAUCGCUCGCCGCGCGGCUGCAUCGAAAAAUUCGCGCAUGCACUCUGUAGCUCAACGUAGUUCUCCACCACGUGUCGGAUGGCGCUGCAGACGGGAAACUUCGAAUAAAAAAGUCUUGAGAAAGCAAUCGUAAACGUAGCAUGAAUAUUAUCCAUUGUGCGGCCACGCACAGAGCCUCCAGUCCGAUGGCCUCGAAGAAGCUAAUCUACCCUGCGGCUGACCGCAACAAGGAACCGAUCCUCUCAGUCCUGCGCCAGUACAUUCGUCGAGGCUCCAAUCAGACUCUCUUGGAAAUCUCCUCGGGUUCGGGACAACACACGGCGCACUUUGCGCCCCACUUUCCCCAGGUGACAUUUUACCCGUCGGAGUGCGAGGAUCGGCUACUGGAGAGUAUAUCUGCGCAUUGCCACGGCCUUAGCAACGUCGCCGAACCGGUGCGCAUAGACAUCACGACCGAAUUCCGCACCUGGCCCGGCGAAUUCCACGAGAAGAGCUUCGACUACAUCUACAACGCCAACCUAAUGCACAUCUCGCCCAUCGCGUGCUCGGAGGGACUGUUCAGGAAUGCUGGCAAGCUGCUGAAGCACAACGGGAUCCUCUUUACUUACGGACCUUACGCUGUCAAUGGAAAGCUGUAUCCCGAGAGCAACGUUAGGUUCGAUCAGAAUCUCAAGGCUCAGGACCCCCGGUGGGGUGUAAGAGAUAUUGAAAAUCUAAGGAACCUCGCGCAAAUGAACGGGAUUCAGCUGUUCGAGUGCAUCGAGAUGCCUGCUAAUAACAAGACUUUGAUCUGGCAGAAGUUCGAAUAGUAACCGAACAUUCCAGUAUUCUAUUCUGUCGCUACUUUUUCAUAUCCUUCUACCUAUGUAGAAUUGUUUAAACUCAUUUGAAUCAAAGCGGUAAUGGGUGAGCGGAACAAAUGAAACAAAAAAAAACAGAAAAAGAGAAAAUUUCGAUGUACUUUUUUCUAUUUAAUGGAAUACAGAUCUGUUUGGAGUACAAAAUAUUGUUGCAAUGUAGAGUUCGUAACAGAGUGAACUGUCUUAAGGACUACUCAAUAAUAAUGUUUUUACAUAGAUCUUUUUAUUAUAUACUCAAGUCGAUCCAGUGAAUAUUCUAUCGCCAAACGAUGUAUACGCAUAAUAUUUUAGCUUUAAAAUAAAUGUAUUGUUCCAUGACA